AUGUUAACGGUUGGCAGAUACUACAUCUACGUUCCGCUGCACAUCAGUCCCCGGCCACUCCUCCUCGUUCCUGUCAGCCAGGUCGAAAAACUACUGAAAGAUAUUAAUCGGAAAUACGAAACCAACUGUUCCCUUCCAUUGAGCGACGGUUUUGUCCUGAACUUCCAGGAAGACGGCACCCCCCAGCCCAUAUUCCUUGGUCAGAGUACCAGCCGGGAGAUGAAGGAUUACCUCGAGUCGCGCAUUAAAACUGUGCCGAACAGCAAGUUUGAAAAUGAGGCAAUACCGGAAUACCAGGCUUAUGAAGAAAAGAUCGAAGCAGCAGUUAGGUUGAUCAAAAACAAGAAAGGUGCUUCAAAGGCGAAGAAACAGCUCGUCCGUAUCAAGACGGAGCACAAAUGGAUCCGGUGUCUGGAACGAACGCAAACCUAUUUCGGCCUGCGGUGUGAUCCGUCCAACACUAACCAGGACCCUGAACCCUCCAACCAGCAAGAGUCGAGAAAACAGCCAAACGAGGAGGUAGCGGAAGGAGAAAAACCGGCGUGGAAAUCAGUUCAGCUGGCCCCAAGUUUCGACGUGCCCGCUCCGUAUGUAUUCUUGAACGAGCCGGUGUUUAUCAGCGUCGACGUUGAAUGCAACGAGCGAUGCCAUUCUCAAAUCACCGAGAUCGGUCUUUCGAUACUCGACACGCGGGACCUAGCCGGCACUGCUCCAGGCCAGAAAGCGGCAAACUGGACCUCCCGAAUCAAAUCCCGUCAUCUACGCGUAGUAGAAUACGGCCACAUUGUCAACCACGAAUUUGUUCCCGGAUGCCCCGACAGAUUUGAAUUUGGAAAAAGCGAAUGGGUCAAGCUGGGGAACAUGGCGUCAGUUGUGGACAACUGUUUCCGAUCUUACCUCCCUGAGACCGCAGACGGCGAAGACACCCAAACUGAACGACGCAACGUGGUCUUGGUGGGACACAACCCCUCCGCAGACGUUAACUACUUUCUUGACCUGGGUGUGCCCAUAUUCAGAGAAUCCGAGGAGAUGGGCGUGUUCCUGGAUACGGUCGAUACAGCUGAAGUGUUCCGCGUGUCUAGGCAGGAGAUGAAUGUGCGGUCUUUGGGUAGUAUUCUUGGAACGCUUGGAAUUACGGGAUGGUAUUUGCAUAAUGCAGGGAAUGAUGCACGCUAUACUAUGGAGGCCUUGGUUCGAAUGCUGUUCCAUGAGAGCCAUUUCUACCCUCAUGACGUUGCAGCGGGAUGCGUUUCAUGA